UCCUAAAAAUACGGCUCGGCCACUUCUGGGGCUUUUGCAUUUAGCCACUUUUGUUGCACUUGCCGCGGGAGCCAUCUCGGGAACGUACUUGUUUGCAGGGGCUGGUUCUCGGCAGCAGCCGCGAGGUUACUUGGUCUAGUGGGCAGGUCACAGGGCAAGAAGUAGGGGAAGAUGCGAUGCAUUUUUUUUUUUUUUUUGGAGGAUGAUCUGUGUUUGUAAACACUCUGGCGGACCAGAGGGAAGUCCGUCCCCCAAUGCUGGUGGACCGUGGAAUUCGGCUGUGUCCUGAGGCUACCCCAGAGACCCCACGCCGAGUCCGUCCCGGAGCGCGUCUCGGUGGCCGCCGCGCCGUGCGACUGGAGGGAUGCUAACGUGGAGCGAGCGCCGUGUCAGCCCCGGCGUGCGUGCGUGUGUGGGAGCGCGCGUGUGUUUCCCUGACACGGGGAACAGUUAUGAAUCGGGGGUGUGUGUUUGCCUCCAGAGACCUGGCAAGGUGCGGAACCCUCCAGAAGUGCGGUCAAGCGGCGUCAGCGGUGGCGGCAGCGGAGACGGCGAGCCAGGAACCGCCCCCCGCGUCCCCAACUUCCCGGUGAUGCGGCGGAACCCCCGGAAAAAGUUUGCAAACUUCCAGCGGGCGCGGCGAGGACGCCGGGUCACCUAGGGGGCGGAUGGACGGGCGCGCGGGGGGCUCGCUCCCUCCCCGGUGCUGAGCCUGCUGCUGCCACCUCUCCCGCAGGGCUGCCGGCCCCAGGUGGUGGGCGCGCGCGCCCUGGGAGGGGACGUCGCUCUUGGAGGGCACUUUGCUUUCACUCCGGGCGCGGAGGGCUGGAGAGUGGCGAGGCUCUUCUCGCCUUCAUUCCUCCAGCCACCUCUUGCCUCCGUCCGGUUCUCGUUGGCAUCAUUACCUCUUCUCCGCUGCUGCCCCAAAUGACAGCUCCCGCUUUUGCCGCGGCGGCGCGGUGGCAGUUCCCAGGAUACGGCGGCGGCGAAGCCCUCUUCUCCAGGCAGAUUCUUCAAGGAAUCGCUUAAAACUUUUCACGACGGUCUUAGAGGGGCAAGACGCACGAAGCAACCAAAGAGAUGUUUUUUCCCCGUCGGCUGCAUUUCGCUUUUCUUUUGCUAUAGGUUUAUUGGGGGGGGUGCUAAUCUGGUAGAUGAAGCCCCCGAUCUUGAUCUUGUCCACUCCUCCCUAACUUUCCUUGAACGGGUGCCGCCCCCACUUGAGGCUGGUACAGGGCCGGGAACUCAAGUGGGUCUCUUGUGUAUUUCGUUGUCAGAGCCCGCAGAGUGUAUGAUUUUUAUUUUUCCCUCCCUCUCUGACAUGUGUCAAGGAAUAAAGGCUGGAGACAGGUCCAUUACGUCAUUCUGCAGGCCGUAAGUGUUUGAUUAACAGCUUCAGAUACUCAAGGGUUAGGGGCUUAGAAGUGCUGACAAAGCAACUAUGCUUUCCAUCCCCAGCCCCCACCAUACUCGUACAAUCGCCGAUUCCCUGGGCAUCUUUAUUACCCUCUCCCUCUGGACCCCUCCUUCUCCGCCCGCUCUCUCCCGCCCAUACCGUUAUCACUCUGGCCCCGCCUCCGCCUUUUACUGCUUUCCCUGGGGCGGUCACAGUCCCUGGAGCGUGGUGAGAGCUUCUGGCGGCUGAGGGGGGCACAGUACCUGAUCUGCGGGCACACAAGCUGCCCUUUUCUAUUAUUUAAGAAAGGCGCUAGCGAGCCCUCUCCUCUAGGGCAAAAAUAACUUAGUCCUGAUAGAAAAGGCAUCUCAGGAAAUGUUUAGAGACGCUACGGUGGAUAAUACCACGUCCCUGUGUUGACUUAGGAAAACAACACACCCACAGCAAACAAAGUACUUAAUUUUACAUAACGCCUUCCUCUUUCCUUCCAGCAGUUAGCCGGAGGGGGAUGGCGAGGUUGUGCUGACUAAAUCAAAUUUAUCCGAAAGGCUCAAGAUUAAACGUUUCAUUUCCAAAGUUAGGGAAUGUGAGUCUUGGAACCCGAAUACUAUACAAUAAAUUGGGGCGUGUGUUACUUUCUUAAUCUUAACCUUAAGUUUCUUUAUUUAAAGAGGAAGUUAAGUAUGGAAGUCACUGAAUCGAGCCAGAAUCUCCGUAUCUGGCAGUUGAAAUAAAAAUACUGUUUGUGACACGUUUAAGGGAUAAAAGUAAAAAGAUCUCCGAGGGGUGGGGGUGCGGGGGUGCAGCAGGAGUCAAAUAGAAGAUUUCCUAACAGGAUUUUGGAUGGAGGAGGGCAGAGAGUUUCAGGGCUCUCUGAUUUGGAGUUGGUGAAAGUUAAAUAAAGGAAAAUUUAUAUUCUGAGUAUGUGGGAAUUUCUUGAAGCAUGCGUGUCUUGUUAUAAUCAAAUCUGCUUUCUUCAAAGUGAAAGCCGUGCUGUAGAGUAGGCAUUUGUGAAACUCCUGUCUGGGGUCUAAUUGACAUCUCCUUCCCCAAGUUUGUGGCAGUGUUUAUUAUUUAUUCACAUCUAGAGAUGAAAUAGUAUAACCCCCACACAAUACAUGUGCAUCUAAAAUGUUAAACUUCUUGUUUGUGAUGCAUACAUAGACCCAAAGGGAAAAAUGGCCCGGGUCACCAGCACUGGAGAGUGUGAUUAAUGAUCAGUGAUUUAGUGAUCAGUGAUUAGUGGUUUUAUUCAAACUGUUACCUCUGACCAGAAGCACACAUCAGAGGAUUAACAGGCUCUUUAGAUAAAUGCUCAUUAGUGGAAGGGGGAAAGCAAAGAUAAUAGGCAUGCACCCAGGGACAACUUUCGAAGAAAAUCAUUCCCCGUCUUCAGAAUAAUAAGCUCUAUUAACAGAAAGCCCUUUUAAUUUAAAACUUGCUUUUAUCUUGUAAAUCAAAGUUAGAUGUAAAAGUUUGUAGUGCCAUUAUAACCUAAAUUUUCCCAUAUCCACUUGAUGUGGAUUAUCUCAGUAGCGAUAUUUUUUUUUAUUUAAAUAAACAAUUGGACCUUUAAAGCAGCUGGACCCUGACAAGUCCUUAACUCCCAGGGUUUGAAGGUGUCCCCCCUUCUAGAAGGGAGAGUGCAGCUUGCUAACUAGAUGGCGCACUGCUAUUUGGUGUGCUGUGCUGUGUCCUGCAGGAGUCCAAAGGAGCAAGUAGCUGCUUGCGAGGUGUUCUCCCACACUCACAACAAAGUUGAUUCUGUGCAGGGUUGGAGGCUAGACAGUUCUACAAGUUUUUAGUCACAUUUUCCAUGUCAGUUGAAUCUAGGGAGUUCAAGGCUUCUGGAAAAAUUGGUCUCAUUACUAAAAGAAACGUAGAACCCAGGAGGAGAGGAGGUACGGGGAGACCAGGAGGUACCUCUGGGUUGCAGCAGUGAUUGUAAAAUACCAGACCUGUUCUUUUUUUUUUUUUUUUUUUUUGGGCUAAGAGCUAGCUUCACGGUCUUGUGAUCUGAACUACUGAGGCAAACACUCAAAGCUUUAUUUUCUUCCUAAUCUUGCUGGUGAAAAAGACGUUGCUAGAAAGACAGGAAGAAAAAAAAAUCUUGAUUGGGUGACUGCAGGAAGCAACACGUUGCUGAUUUUAUUCUACAGAUAAUGAUUUAUGAGGAAUCCAAGAUGAAUUUGGAGCAGGAGAGGCCGUUUGUUUGCAGUGCGCCCGGCUGCUCCCAGCGCUUCCCAACAGAGGACCAUCUGAUGAUUCAUAGGCACAAGCAUGAAAUGACUUUGAAGUUUCCCUCAAUAAAAACAGACAAUAUGUUAUCAGAUCAGACUCCGACCCCAACGAGAUUCCUGAAGAACUGCGAGGAAGUGGGGCUGUUCAGUGAGCUGGACUGCUCCCUGGAGCACGAGUUCAGGAAGGCUCAGGAGGAAGAGAGCAGCAAGCGGAAUAUCUCGAUGCAUAACGCGGUUGGUGGGGCCAUGGCGGGGCCUGGAGCUCACCAGCUCGGCAGCACCCGGAUGCCCAGCCAUGACACCAGCGUUGUGAUUCAGCAAGCCAUGCCGUCACCCCAGUCCAGCUCUGUCAUCACACAGGCACCUUCCACCAACCGCCAGAUCGGGCCUGUCCCAGGCUCUCUAUCUUCCCUGCUACAUCUUCACAACAGACAGAGACAGCCUAUGCCAGCCUCCAUGCCCGGGACCCUGCCCAACCCCACCAUGCCAGGAUCUUCCGCCGUCUUGAUGCCAAUGGAGAGACAAAUGUCAGUGAACUCCAACCUCCUGGGAAUGCAAGGUCCAAAUCUCAGCAACCCCUGUGCUUCUCCCCAAGUCCAGCCAAUGCAUUCAGAAGCCAAAAUGAGGUUGAAGGCUGCGUUGACCCAUCACCCGGCUGCCAUGUCAAAUGGGAAUAUGAACACCAUGGGACACAUGAUGGAAAUGAUGGGCUCCCGGCAGGACCAGACGCCACACCACCACAUGCACUCCCACCCACAUCAGCACCAGACACUGCCAGCCCAUCACCCCUACCCGCACCAGCACCAGCACCAGCACCCAGCACACCAUCCUCAUCCUCAACCCCAUCACCAGCAGAACCACCCACACCAUCACUCCCACUCCCACCUUCAUGCACACCCAGCACAUCACCAGACCUCGCCACACCCACCCCUGCACUCCGGCAACCAAGCACAGCAGGUCUCACCAGCGACACAACAGAUGCAGCCCACCCAGACGAUACAGCCGCCCCAGCCCACAGGGGGGCGCCGGCGAAGGGUGGUGGAUGAGGAUCCCGACGAAAGGCGGAGGAAAUUUCUGGAACGGAACCGGGCCGCCGCCACCCGCUGCAGACAGAAGAGGAAGGUCUGGGUGAUGUCACUGGAAAAGAAAGCAGAAGAACUCACCCAGACAAACAUGCAGCUUCAGAACGAAGUGUCCAUGUUGAAAAAUGAAGUGGCACAGCUGAAACAGUUGUUGUUAACGCAUAAAGACUGCCCCAUAACAGCCAUGCAGAAAGAAUCACAAGGAUAUCUAAGUCCAGAGAGUAGCCCUCCCGCCAGCCCUGUCCCCACGUGCUCUCAGCAGCAAGUCAUCCAGCAUAAUACUAUCACCACGUCCUCGGCCGUCAGCGAGGUGGUAGGAAGCUCCACCCUCAGUCAGCUCACCACUCACAGAACAGACCUGAAUCCGAUUCUCUAAAACCCGAGGGUCAGACCUUGCCUCCAAGAAGAGCUGUCGUGUUUCCUGCGUCCUUUCUUUUAAGGGCAUUUUUAGAAUUCACUCAGACCUGGACGACUCCUCAGCCCUUCGAAGACUGGCUUUCAUUUUUAUAGUUAUUAUUGGAAAUGUUGUCUUUUAUACUUAGUUAUAUAAGGAAAAAAAAAAGGGAGUUAUGCAAUUAAUAAUCUAUCCGCUUGGGAAAUGCUUCGGUGCUUUUCUCCAAUUUUCUGGUACCGGUUUCUUGUUUAUAAACUGAACUCUUUCUGUAUAUAGUCAUUGUUUCAUUCUUAUCAGUCCAACCCUUUGCCUAAGAAAUGGUGAAUCUUGUUAAACCGCAGCUUUUAGCCAAAAUGAGGCUUACCUAGAUGUCCAGUAAACAGAUUGCAAGGCAACUGGGGGAGAGGUCCGAUGACAUCAUAACUCAUGUUGAGUUGGCUGUGAUGUCACCAGAAUCCCCCACAACUCUUUUCUUUUAUCAUAAAAAAGUGUAAGAUCCAUCGACAUCCACAUAAAACCACCAAGCAUCUUACCACCUCUCCUCCUCCUCUUGGUCCACUUCCUAGAAUGCCCAAAUUCCCUUUUGUACUUUUACCUCUGGGCUCCCUGUUGACUCUUCAUUUUUACUUUCUUCUGUUGUAGUCCCCCCCCCCACCUUUAGCAUUGCAUGUAAAGAAGAAAAUAAUAUUUAAAGGAAAAAAAAAAAAAGCUAAUGUGGACCUAGCCGUGGCUUCCCUUGCCUGUGACCUACAGCUGGAUUUCAUUCAACUCUUGCUUUUUACAAACUAGUAACCGGGAGAUGUUUAAUGUGCCUGAUUUAAUGUUUUUAAUAAUCAGAGCAAAUAAAAGUUGGCUUAGCCAUAGGUGAAGCACUGUUGAAUGCCAGCUGUGGAGACACUGGGGAAGGGAACUUUGUAAGCGUCAAUUGUGAAAAGUCCAAAUUAUAAUGCCAAGCUAUAACGUCACACCCUCGAAUUACAACUGGUUUUAUAUGGCGUGUCUAUAAUGUUGAAAAUCCAUGUACUAUAUAAUAAUUCAGAAGGGCUCUGUGCACUACACAGAUUACAUUGUUCAAUCAUCAGCUGCUAAUAGCCUAAGAUUAUUUUUUUUCCUUAAGCCUAUGGAACCAGCUUGGCUGUCCUAGUGGCUGAAAGUAGAUGAACUUCUGGAAGAACAAAGAGAGAAAGAAAUCUAAUUUCCAUGGAGGUGCUUUCUGCCCUCACACAACAGUUAAAGUGCUCUUCAGCUGCUGACAGAAUCCCGUGGACAUGGCUACUCCACUUUUCUGAAUAAUUCUGAUUUCUAUUUUCAGCAAUUUGCGUGGACUUUGCCCAUUAGAAAGAGCAGGUAGUCCUGAACCACAGUUGUGCCUCCUUGAAACAAGCCAUUCUACUUAUGCUAAGGUUUUAAUAGUGCAUCUCACAAAUCGCUGGGGCUAAUGAUUUUCUCUAGCAGUGUAGGCAGGUACUGCUGUUUCAUCUCCAUUUGAAUGCUUGACCUUGGGACGUGAGUGUGACUGUGCUUGCGUGUGCGCGUGCAUGUGUGUGUGUGUGUGUGUGUGUGUAAGAGAAAGGGAGAUUAUGGAAUUUAAAAGAAUAGUAUUUUACAAAAGGUGUAGCUUUUAUAAGAGUUCAGAAAAGGGAAGGAUUUUUUUUCUCUCACUAUAGUGUAAGAAUCUAUUUUGGAGAAAAAAAAGAAAAUAUAAGAGUCAUGAAGCAUGGUUUUUAUAACUAGUUUCAGUUGUAUCUAAUAAUUUACUUUUUAAAUCAGUAUUUGUCAGCGAUCUUUUCAUGUAUGCAGUGCUUUCAAAAGAAAGUUUUGAGUUUCCAGUGAAACUCCUAACUUGAAUAUAGGGUCUAAAAAAAUCAAAACAAAAGCAAAAGCAUAAAAAAAAAGAAGAAAAGAGAAAAAAAGAAAAAAAUGCAAAAAUGAAAGGAUUUUCUAUUAUAUUUUAGACAAACAUAUCAUUCUUAAGUAUUUUAAAUACUGAAUUCAUAGUUGUUUUGUUUUGUUUUGAAUCCCAGCAGUAAUAGCUGAAUGGUUUGACCUAACUGGCUUCCUAAGAAGUUUAAGAUUUAGCUAAGAAAGAAGUUAUCAUGCUUGUCUCUACUUAGAAAUCAAAAAUAAUGUUUUCAAAACUCCUUUCUUUGACCAUUUAUAUGUCCCCCUAAAAAGGAGAAAUUGCUCACUGAAAUGUUUGGGUUUUUUAAUUUUUUUUAUUUUUAUUUUAUUUUUUUGCUUUGACUAAUACUUUCUUCCUUUACUGCAUGCAUAGCACUUAAUGAAAUGGGUUUGUUUGUUUUUUUAAAUCCACUGGUAAUAUCAGAAUGUCCAAGGAGUAGGCUGUCACUAAAAUUAUGGUUUACUUUCCUUCUGUUCCACCUCUCGAUUGAAAUAUUUUGUUAAACCGAAAGCCUCUGCAGUUAAGAACUUGCCUGAGUUUUCUUAAUUCAGCACCUUGACAGUUUGACUGAUGUGCAUUAUGUAUAGCUCAUUAUGUCUGUUUUUUAUGCUAAGUAGGCAAACCAACCACACACACACACACACACACACACACACACACACACACGUUAGCAAACGGGCCUCAACGUAUAAUUAGAAUAAACUGUCUUCUUGUUCUACUCAGGGCCUUUAGGUAUGUUCAUUAGCAGAGUGGAAAUACAGUCAAUGGAAGCUGCCAGCCAAUUGUCAGAGCUUCUGCAAAUCCUAAACAGAAAAGCUCACGGGUCCAAUCCAACACUCGGCUUAUCUGUAUGAGCUGUUUCACUUGAAGGCCUAACUUUCACCAGAUCGUAGACUAGUCGGCCUGCCUGAAAAUCCCUCCUGGUCCCACACUCUUUUGCCAACCUGGGGAAACAAACCUUUCUACCCCGUUCUCUUCUCCCACUCAGUUACGGGGUCACCCAUGCAUAUUGUCCCAGGUCAGUGGCAGUGACCUUCAGAGCACCCAUCCUGAGGAAGGAGGGCCCGCAGCACAGCCCCUCCUCAUUCACACCCAGGAUCUGCCCCUCGAGUCACUGCCAGCCUGCCUGGCAGCUUCCACGGCACCUCUCCUGCCUUCUGGGGCAGGAGUCGGCCGCUGAGAUGGGGACACUGAGAGCGUUUCUACCAGGUGACGCCGCACCUAAAGUGAGACGUGCCCAUCUUCCUCGUUCCUCAGGACAUUUCUAUGAGGUCAGUAGAGUGAACUUCCUUCCUGUGGAUGAAUGGACUCGUUUUACAGCUGGCGUGAGGUUGGAUGUUUUCCCUUUACACCUGUCUCCACAGCAAUGUAUGCCAGUCCCAGCCUCAAGACGGGCCCAGGGGGACAGCCCGUUUGUGUGCUGUCACUGCAUGCGUUUUCAUAAUUAGAGUGACUUGGAGCAGUCGCUCUUUGGGGGCGCUGGGUCAGGGAAAUCAUAUGCAGAGCAUGUUUUGAAUUGCGAGGCAUCCGUGGUGAAUGUUUAGGUGGUUGUGGCCUAUUGAGUACAUUUUCGUGUGUUCGGUGGUGUUUGUCAUGAAAACCUUCAACCAGCUGCGAUAAAAAGACCAGCCCUCGGCUAGAGGGUUUUAAGCAUCUGUAACUGCUAUAAAACUAGCCAUCCAGUUAGGAUAGAAUGUGCUUCUUUCUGGUUAAUGAAAACCAUCUAAGAAAAUAUAUAUGUAUGUAUGUGUGUAUACAGUGGAAUUCAAGGACCAAAGCAAAAUUUGAACAGGAAUCUAUUAAUUUAGAAUUUUAUAAGAUAUUUAUUAAUAAAUGUUAUUUUUAAACAUUCCAUUUGAACAAUAUUCUUCUGUAGGAUCUGCUUGUUUUUAAAGCAUUAGUUGGUAAUAAACUACUCUAGUCGCGUGUAUCUUCAUUUUUCAGGGUUUCAAUGGCUCUUUCCCAUCAUUGGGUGGAAAUGUCUGUUUAGAUCUCUGUGCAUAGAAAUUUCAAGGAUUUUUAUUGCUCUGUGAGUUAUUUUUUUAAUCUACGUUCAGAGCAGUUUAGAAACAUCUAUUUCUUUUCUCAUUUUUAAAGUAAGCUCUUUCUUUUAGGAAGCAGAGUUCCGCUAAAGGGAAUCAGUAGCUAUAACUGGAACGGCUCUCUCAUCAACAUGUAAAAACAACUUCAUCUCUGCUUCUCCCUACCCCACCCCACCCCCAGCUUCCUAGAAUGCCUUGCACUAUUGAGCUUCCUGGGGGCUCCUUCUUGACCCUUCCCAAACAAUGUGCAGUAGCUUUAAGCCAUUCAAGUUCCAUGAUGCAGUAUAUCUGAGAAGGGAAAGGAAACAACUGCUUAAAUUGGAAUAAAACCGUGCCUAUGCGAACAGUAGCAACUGAGAAUCUGUCUUCUACUUUUAAAAUAAUUUAUGUUUUAAAAUUGCACUUUAGCGUUUUUCAUCCCUGUUGGUUUCUCUCGUUCUCUUUGGAACCUCCUCCCCUGUCCUCAAACCUGCCUUCACUCUCCCGUCCCUAACACCCCCCCACGCUGCCUCUAAGGCUCUGAGCUGCAUCAUUUAAAAUACUUUAUGGAGUAUUUGCGCCAGGUACAUUUGCGUGUGUUCGCAAGUAGCAGAGCCAAGACACAUUGCUCACAUCAGCCUAGAUGAAACCUGCUAUGAGAAUGCCAAGAAGAGCUAGUUUAUACUCUUUAUCCCUUUCUUCAUAGCAUGUUUUUUUUUUAAUGUUAUAUUAUGCAACAGAUGUGAGGCAGCAGCUAUGCUACACUUAAGAAGUUUCUAUCUCAUUCUCCAAACCAAAGUGUCCUGAAUGAGCCAGGAGACUUAUUCUUUUGUGCAUCACGUUGCAUGCUGGAUGUUGUCCUUGCCAUCGUCUCUGGGCUGCUGAAAAAAUGGUGGCCCUCACUCUUUCAUUCCUAGGUCUCAAAAAUACAGUAUUGCCUUGUACCGUAAUUAGGGACAGCACCUCUGACAAUUAUAAUCUAUGAAAGGACAAGAAGACACUGAAGCAAUAAACUUAUAAGUAAAGUUCAAUACCAAAACAAAGAGAACCCUACCUAGCUUAUCAUGUCAUGGAAAUGAAAAGUGUCUGUCCGUUCAAAAUAUUUUCCUAUUCCUUGUGGAGUUUUCAGUGAUGUAAUGCUUAGAGCCAAAUUGCUUAAAGAAUGUUUAUAUAUUUUUUUCCCUUAUAAAUUGUCUAUUUUUUAAAAAAGCUAUUUAACCACAAGUCAAAGGGGGGGAGGGUAAGGCCAAAUUGCCAGCAUUUGUUAAAAGAUUAAUAUUCUUAAGUGGUACUCUGAUACCUUUCCAAGCUUAUCAUCAGAGGGGGAUCAAUAAUUAUCAGCUGUUAUAUUUAGACCAACUUACACUAUCUAGCUCAUUAGAAGCCAGGAUUUAGAAAGCUUUUCUUAAGCCAUUUAAGAUUUUUCUUACAUUGAGUUUCAUCUUAUAGGACUUUAUAGGAUUUUUUUUUUUUUAACAGAAUCAUUUUAGCCUCAGGACUGAGAAUGUGGAAUUGGAAUAAAUUAGCUUAAAAGACAUCAUUUAACUCAUGCACAAUAAGCUCAUUAGUUUGUUCCUUUAGAAUAAAUACCAAGGCUGUAGGAGAUGAUGAAAGGUAUCAGCCAUGCUGAAGUGGAGGGGGUUUCAGAGAAGACCCCUCCCCAUCAGCCAGCAGAACAGAAGAUCGGCCCUCCCUCUUUCCUUCUUUUUCUGCUAAAUCACACCUGCCUCCUAGAGAGAGGAGUUCUGCCUUUGAGGUUUGUCUUAGAGAAAAGAUAAGCUUGAAAUGUUCUCUCUGGAGAGGACAUGGGGUUUGGGAAUCUUCUGAAAAGACCCAGGAAAAUGGUUCUGUUCAAACACAAUGUUCUAGGACAAUUGGAAUAAAAAUAUUGUCCAAAAAUAGAACUAAAAGAAAAAAAAAGUUAGCAUUGUGCAAAGUAAGUGUUAACUAAGGAAGUCCUCAAAAAAGGUGCUGUCACUUUAAGUUCUGGACUGGGGCCGGGGGGCGGGGGGCGUCUGUAAUUGUAAACAGUAAAGCAUUUGUGUUUGUUUGUCUAUUUGUAAAGCAACCACCUUCCUUACUGGAAGGAGAAAAAAAACUGGGGGGUACAUACGUGUAAAUACUUGCUGCAGCAUUUAAUAUGUUUAAUUUUAUGUUAAGCUUUUUGUUGCAUCGUGAACACAUUUAUUGUUACCGAUGGACAAUGAGUUCAUUAAGACGGUUCAACUAGGUCAGAUUUUUACAUCUCUUUCUAGCAAGAAGAGACAAGAUUUUGUGCAUUUGUACAAAUGUUAAUAAUAUCACUGCAAUUCCAAUAUAAUAAAGCACUCAAAUGCAAAUAA